AUGCUGACGGCCGCCGUAGAUCAGACUUACCCAGGCGACCUGCCGGUCCCCGAAGACGAUGGAGCCUGCAAACAUCUGACCGGCGCCGCGAUGCCAGAUCUAUCGCUCAUGAUUGCAAAGGACCCAACCAAGACGGUCAAUCUGUCCAAGCAACCAGGCCUCACGAUUGCGUUCUGCUACCCUCGAACUGCUGCCCCAGGAGAGACUGUCCCUGACAGUUGGAACGCUAUACCCGGCGCCCGCGGCUGCACGCCUCAGGCCUGCUCUUUCCGUGAUUCCUUUUCCGAGAUUAAGCGCUUGGGGGUCUCGCAAGUCUUUGGUGUUUCGACUCAGUCGCCGUCGUAUCAGGCUGAAGUGCACGAGCGGUUGCAUCUACCAUAUGACCUACUGAGCGACGAGGAUCUUAGGCUGCAGCAAGCGCUACUCCUGCCGACAUUUGACUGGGAUGACGGGAAGCUCCUCAAGCGGGUGACUCUGGCGAUCGAGAACAGCCAGAUCUUGAAAGUCUGGUAUCCCGUCUUCCCGCCGGACAAGUCAACGGAGGCUGUUGUGGCGUGGUUGAAGGAGAGAAGAUGA